AUGGGAUUAGAGUUCCGAGCAAAGAACCAACAUUUGAGGACAGCAUGCAUGAAUGUCCUCCUAAGCCUAAUCGAAACACUGUGCCAGUCACCUCAGGAGCUCUCCGAAGAAGAUCUGGUGGAAGCGGACAAUGCACUAGCAUACAUGAAAGAUGCGGGCUUUAAGGUGGAUUGGUUAAAGAAGAAGCUGGAGGAAGUAAAGUAA